CUCAUGCCCAUAUUUAUUUGUCUAUUUCUGGCAAAAGAAAGGGCAAAUCAAACAUCAUAAGCUGCCUUUCUUCUUGGUCUUCUUCUCUUAUCCUCUCUCUUUUCUGUCUCACCCCUCUCCUUAGACUUUGCUAAUGGAGAGAGCUCAGAUACCUGCCAUUGGAGCUCAACCCAUGCUUCCCUUCAUCUUCUUCUUCUUCUUCUUCUUCUUUGUCAUCGGAAGCUUGUCGGGUUCUUGCCUAGGACAACAUACCGAAGAUGAAUCAAACAGCUCAGCUAUGGAGGUUACAGCUCCCAUGGACAGCAGACAGAGAGAGGCUCUCUACUCUGCAAUACAGGGCUUUGUUGGGAAGUGGUGGAACGGGUCGGAUCUUUACCCGGACCCUUGCGGGUGGACCCCGAUCGAGGGAGUGUCCUGUGAAGUCUACGAUGGAUUAUGGUACGUUAGCCGGUUGAGCGUCGGGCCGAUCUAUGAGAACUCGCUUCGAUGCACCCGAAACCCAACUUUCACGUCCCACCUGUUCGAUCUCCGCCGCCUGACAGCCCUCUCCUUCUACAAAUGCUUUUCCUCAUCCCCCCAUGGAGCGGUCACAAUUUCGGACCUGCCUUGGGAGAGGCUCUCGAGGAAUUUGGAAUCCUUGGAGUUCAGGCUAAACCAGGGCCUGACCGGAGCUAUCCCGGCAUCCCUCAGCCACCUACGGCAGCUCAGGUCGCUGAUAGUGCUCGAGAAUGGGUUCGCCGGCGAAUUGCCGGCCGAGAUAGGGAACUUGAAGAGCCUGAAGCGGCUGGUCCUAUCGGGGAACCGGUUCACGGGUCGGAUCCCCAGCGGCUUCGGUGGGUUGACCAACCUCCUGAUAGUUGACUUCAGUCGGAACGGCCUGUCGGGGUCAAUCCCGUUGACUUUUGGUGGGUUGACUUCUCUUCUGAAGCUUGACCUCAGCGGUAACAAUCUUCAGGGCUUCCUGCCGGAUGAGAUCGGGAAUUUGAAGAAUCUAACGUUAAUGGAUCUUGGGAGAAACAACUUGUCUGGUGGGCUUAGAAGCCCAAUUCAAGAAAUGGGCUCUCUGAGGGUGCUCAUGUUGUCGAACAACCCGAAGUUCGGUGGCGACCUGACCGGCGUGAAUUGGUCCAACCUGCGGAGCCUCGAAGUCCUGGACCUGACAAACACUGGGCUCACAGGCCCUAUACCGGAGUCCAUCUCGGACCUGAACGGUCUGAGACAUUUGGGCCUCGGGUGUAAUUCUCUGUCGGGAACUCCUCCGGCGAAGCUCUCUUCUAUGCCUCGCUUGAGUUCCCUUUACCUGAACCGGAACAACCUCUCGGGUAAGCUCAUGUUCCCCAAGUCCUUUUACAGGAGAACAAGGUGGCGGUUCAGGGCGGAGGACAACCCGGGCCUGUGUCACGAGGCAGAGGUUGCCAUUCCAUUCGGAGUAAAGCAGUGCCUGCUGGAGUUCAGUGGUCGUACAGAAGUUGUGGGGAAGAUGAGAUCAGAAGAAGAGGAUUUUUACAGGAAACCGCAGCUCGAAGUCUCAACGGGGUAUAGAAACUUUGAUGUGGGACUCGUCGCGAGGGAGGUGCUAGUAGUAGUGGCUACGGUUCUGAUUAUUUGCUAAUGGAAGUAAGAGAAAACCCAAAAUACUCCGGCAUCUGGGAGGUACUAGAGGUGUAGCAAGUCGAGCGGGAAGAAUAAUACAACUUCAAAUCGAUAUUCGAUAAAGAAGUGUUUAUCACUCCAUUAACGUACAAUAGCAAAGGCGAAACGAAUGGACUUUCAGUCUGUUGAUAACUGAUCAAUAAAAUUACACAUCGGGGACACUGGAUACAGUUGAACUCUGUCACUA